GGGAGUUCCAGACUUCCAGUGCAAUGGAAAACCAACGAGAAGAGGAAAACGUAGAAAAUUGGAGCGAGGCAGUGGAGGACCUCGUCGCCGUCGGAGACACCGACGGAGCCAUCUCUCUCCUCGAAACGCAUGUUUCGAAACUCCAAACCCUAGCCUCGUUUAAUUCUACCGUCCUCCUCCAAUUGACCUCUGCUCUCGCUGAUUUGGCUAAUCUCUACUCUUCCAAGGGCUUCUCUCUAAAAGCCGACGACCUUCGCUCUCAGGCCUCGCUCCUUAAGCACCAAGUUCUUUCUCGUGAUGUGGAGGUUGUAAAGAGGGACCAGAAAGUGGAUCAGGUUUUGGCUGCAGAUGCUUCUUUGCGCGGCAAUGAUUCCUUGCACGAUGAUUCUUAUAGCGAUGGGCAUCUUGAGAAACAGAAAAAAUCUUCCUGCGAUGAAAAGGCGGGAAAUGUGUCUUCAGAUGAUGAUUGGGAAGCUAUCGCAGAUCGUGCACCUGAUGAAUUACUCUCUUCACAAUGUUUGCCUAGAGUAUCAGAACUUUCAUUGACAGAUACCAAAGUUCAAACUCCUAAGCGGCGUGGAAGGGGAACAUUCUCAUAUAAGAAACAUGAAUUGUAUUGUGAUCAGUUAUCUAGUGAAUCGGUUAUCAGUAACUCAGAAUAUGAAGAUGUGUUCCAAAAUUCAAAGGGGGUGACAGACAAUAUAAAUUCAAGCUAUGGUACACACCAUGUUCUUGUUCUUGCUGACUUUCCACCGAGUACUAAGACAAUAGAGCUAGAGACGCUAUUUCAGGACUUCACAGAUCGUGGAUUCAUUAUUCGCUGGGUUAACGAUACAACUGCACUCGCAGUAUUUCGAACUCCUGCAAUAGCACUUGAAGCCAGUACUCACAUUCGAAGUCCUUUUAAAGUGCGUAUUCUUGAUGUGGAUGAUAGUCUUAUCAGCUCAAUUCCACCAAGAGAUCUAGAACCUCCACGACAAAGGCCGCGGACAUCAGCGAGAACUGCACAAAGGUUGAUUGCUCAGGGAAUGGGAUUGAAACUGCCUACCACAUCCUCAGGAUCCCAAGAAUACAGAAAUCAGGAAGAUUCCAGAAGGAACAGAAUAGCCACGAGGCAAAAAUUGAGAAAUGAUGCUUGGGGUGAAGAUUUAAAUUAAGAUCUCAAGUUUUCCCUUUCAUAAUAUAUAUGAUAACUCCUCAAUGUCAUCAAUAAUAUAUAUAUAUAUAUAUAUAUAUAUAUAUAUAUAAAUGUCCUCCCUCAGUUUGGUCUUUAUAUGGAAUGCAUGUGAUUUUUGUUGCUAGAAAAA